AUGAAGGAAAAGGAAAUUAUUAAAUGUGAAAAAAUUUUGCACAAUUUUGAUGAUAAUCAGCUCAAAUUGACAGUAAGUUCUGAGGUCACCAGUGAGUCUAAAUAUCAGCUGUUGUGCAUAGUAACAUCAAAGGAUGAAAUUGUCCUUCGUUAUGUGUCAGAAACGUCGGAAAUUAUAUUGAAAAAAAUCGACUGGUUCUUCGAAAAAAAGAAAAUCAUCAAAGCUGUCGCCUUUGAUCCUUUUCCUUCAACUUGGUUGCUCGUUUUGUGCAUUGAUAAUACUAUACAUAUUGUUCCUGCACUCUCCAUCUGCGACAAAUCUGUGUCAUUUAAAUGCAUAUUUCCUGCAAAUGAAAUCACUUCCUUUGUUGUGCCAUUCAUUGGACCUCAUGUCUGUCCAGAUACUCAAAAAUGCCCAAAUCAAAUGUACGAGGGCUCAUGUACUGAUGUAAAUGCUAUUAAAAGAACCAAACGUUAUCAGUUCGAAGUUAAGAAAAAUCGACUCAGUUCAAGUAAAAUCAAUGAGCUAUGCUCAAGUUCCGCUUAUACUCAUAUUUAUUGUGAUGAGAAACCACAAAAUUCAGCAUCAAUAUCAGCAUCGUCUUCAUUUAUGAAAAAUGAUUCGAGCAUUGAAAUUGAAAAGUUUGGAACUAGUGCAUCAACACCAUGUGAUAGUCAAUUGAGUAAUAUGUCUUCAGGACUGAUGGAGUCAUCAACAUUAUCAUCAGAUUCGACUAUUUCAUGCCCAAUUCCGACAUCAAUAAUUUGGUGGAGAACAACUCAUGCUGAAUACAAUCAAAAUCGUGCCAUAAUUGGAUAUUCCGAUGGAUGUAUCGUCGUCGUACAACUUGUGAACAACUGCCCAUUUGUAGGAAAUACGUCUGUUGAGAAAGGCGCAAUAGAGAAAUUUGCAAUAUGUAAAGGAACAAGCUGCGACACAAUUUAUUUGAUGAUAAAUACAUCUACAAAGGAACAAUAUAAACUCUUAUUGGAGCAAAAGUCUAUAUGCUAUACAUUUCCGAAUGACAUUAAAAAUCCAUUUGAAAACCCUAAAAAUGGUGAAAAUGACUGGGAAAUUUUAGGAAAUGAAACGUAUGAGAAAAUAUCAGAAUCUACUGAACAAGAACAAGCUGCAGGAACGUCUGAUGAUUUACCAAAUUUCUUUCCAGCUGCAAAAGCUCGUCUUCUGUCACUUCGUGAUUUAGGUGCGAAAAAGAUUGGCAAUUUGAAAAUGAAACUUGCUGAGCGCAACAAGUCACGUGAAAAGGAAAGAAUUGAUACCGAUAACAGUCGUUCGAUGCAUGAAAAUGUCUCAAUUCUUCCUGAACUGCUCACAACAACGUCAGGACCAAUUUUCACCGUUCAAAACCAUCAAAAUAGAAGCAUGAUGGGGGCAAUACAUUCUUACUCUUCUACUCUUUCGAUUCACAACAUAGAAAUAAUGAUGAUUCCAACUGCACUCUAUAAAAUACCACAAUACACAUGUGAUGUUCUGUUGACAGAAAAUAUCAUUUUUACUUUGCAACCAUCAACAUCAAAUCCUAUAAUUACAUCCACCACAUCAGCAAUGGAGGAAUCUACGCUGACUCAUUCGGAAAAUAACAAUCAAAACAGCAACAAUAAUAAUAAUAGUAAUAGUAAUGCACGAAAUGUGACCAAUGAUAAUUCAGUAACAAAUUCUAGUCAUGAUACAAAUGAUAAUAAUAAUAUUAAUAACAAAAAUUCGAUUGAAGAAAAUACAAUUAGUAUAAUAAGCUGCAAUAUCGCAUCAACAAAGAUUGGAGAGGAGAAUGAAUUUAAUGAACGUGCUAUACUUGGAUCUUUUAAGUUUUCAUUUGACGAGAAAAUUCUUGGCUUGUUACCAAUGUUAACAUUUGAUAAGGAAAAUGUGAAGGAUGGCAAUGAAAUAUCCAGCAAUGAGGUUGAGAUGAAAUCAACAUAUUCUAAAUAUCUUAGCUAUCACUCAAAAUCUAAACACAAUAAGAAAUUUGAUGAUAUUCAUGACUGUAAGGUGCUCAAGAACGAAUUUCCUCGUGUGAUCUUCGACAAGUGCCUCCUGAUAACAAGCAAAGGUGUUUAUUGUGUUGAGCUUAAAGAGAAACCUCAUAUCAUUUUCUUGAAUCUUGCAUCGUCAUCUUUAUGGACCUUAUGUGAUGAUUUUUGUAAGACAUUCAAUCUCAACAUGACUGAAUGUGUCGAAUUUUCUGGUGAUAUAUUGCUUAGAAAAAAGAAAAUUGAGCAGGCUCUUUUAACAUAUAAUAUAGCUAGAACACCACCGAUUAAGACUGCAUUAAAAUUAGCAAUGUUUAAUGAGGCAUCAGCAUUAAGACAAAUUGCAUCAAUGGCAUUAAAAACGAGUUAUAUUCUUGAAAGUAAACAUCCAAUGUCACCAUUAAUCAAUGAAUUAAUUAAAGACAUUCAAGAUCGACAAGAGAAAAGUGAAGUUGUAUUAAAUGUGAUGAAAAGGAACGACUCAGAUAAAGUGAUUAAUGCUGGAAAGACAAUUAGUGACUUUUCCUAUGAAUCAAGUGACAAUUUUGAGGUUCAAAUGAGCAAUUCAGCACAAUUUCAUUUAUCAAACUUAUUGUUUUUGACACUUUGCGAGAAAGUUGUUAAAGAUAAAAACUUAAUGCCUUUAUGGAAUUUCAUUGUUACCAAUAAUAAGUAUCAUACAAGUCUCUCAUCAAUCAUUUUAUCUCAAAGUGGACUUUACUCUUCAGCUGUUCUGUUGGCUAUGCAUCGCGGAUCAUGUUUAGAUGUCUUUAGUUGCUUAGUAUCGAUGGCUGAUCAUGUUUUAGACAUUUCAAAUGAAAUCACAAGAUACAUGUAUAAUCUGUCGGACGAAAUCUUUAUGGAGACUAUUGUCUAUCUUCAGAAUUUUGGAUUUGACUAUUUUGAAGCAAUACGUAAAAAUUUGGAUAAAUUAGACGAACUAGUUUUAGUGCGUCUUGCAAAGCAAUUAAACCCCUUUGAUCCUGUUUAUCGACCAGUUCUCUUCAAAGUUAAGAAUCAAAAUAUUAUUAAGGAAAUGGAAAAUAAAUUCCUUGAAUUUUGCCAAGCUUUAAUCGAAACGUACAUCAUGAUCCUCAUAAAGCUCCAAAAGUUGCAGCAUCACAAAGACAAUUUCCUUCAUAGCAUUAAUGUAUUUCGUGUUACAAGCGAGGAAAGACAAAAUUAUGUAAAAUUGAUGAAUUUCUCACCGAUAUCAGCUGGAUUCAGUCAUUCGGGAUGUAUUGUCGAUAACUCAGUUUAUAUGUGGGGAACGAAUGGAAUAAAUUGUGCAUUGAAUCGGAAUGUCUUACAAAGUGAUGCAUCAGACAAUGAUUUACUUCCAACGAGACUUGACUUCUUCAAAGACAUAAAUCUUGACGUUUUCUCUGUCCAUUGUGGUCGCUCUCAUACUCUAUUUCUGACAAAUAAUGGACUUUAUGCGAUGGGAUGCAAUAAACUUGGACAAUUGGGCAUAGAAGAGAAACUCAAAUUGAAUGUUGCUUUACAGCCAAUGCUCAUAAAGACAUUGGAUAAUAAGAAUAUCACGCAAAUUUCCGUUGGACAGCAUCACAAUGCUAUUGUGGCUGAUGAUGAAUUGUACGCUUGGGGUUGGAAUGUUUAUGCACAAUGUGGACAUGUAGAGAUCAAGAAUAUUCGACAACCUAAACUGGUUGAGUUUUUCUCGAAAAAAAAAAUAAAGCAAAUUGCUUGCGGACAGGCUCACACAUUAGUACUUACGUAUGAGAAAAAUGACAAUUUAAAUACUUGCCUCUACGCAUUUGGCUCAAAUCAUUUCGGUCAAAUUGGCACCGGCAAUUCAUAUGAAAGUGAUUUUAAUUUGACUAAAAAUAACUCAAUCAGUUUUGUGCCUCAGCGAAUAAAAAUCGAUGAAGAUAUUCGUUUGAUUCAUACACGAUAUUUUGUGAAUUUUGCUGUUACUGAUUCAAAUAAAUUACUAACGUGGGGUUUAAGUCCACCCGAAUUGAGAAUUAUUAAUCAAACGAAGAAGAGAAAUAAAGCAAAUCAGAAAUUAAAGGAAUCUGCAUUAGAAACUGAGAAGCAAGAGACCGAAACUGCGGAAAAUUCAGCUCGAGAAAAGACCAAACUUGAGCCAAAAGUUGUAAAUAAUUCAAAUGCUGAAAAGAAUGAGGAAUUGUCAACAAAAACUGUUCCAGAAAUUAAAAUUGAUGAAUGUGAAAAGGUCGAACAGAAUAAUGAAGAAGUAUCAUCAAUCAAUAAUAAUAAAAAAGUAAAGGAUGCAGCACCGUCGGGAAGUGAAGAGCAAGUAGAAGAUCCAAAACUUUCGACACAAGAAUAUGUUGGGCAUUUACAACCAACAGAAGUCGAUACAUAUGAUGUUGAUAGUGAUAUAAUUUCAAUUUCAAGUGGAAUUUAUCAUUAUGGUUUAAUAACAACAUCAUCGACACUUUAUAUGUGGGGUAAGAAUAUUGAACGACAGUUGGCUCGCGAAAGUGUAAAACCAGACAUAACAACUCCGUCAAAAUGUCAAGCAUUCAAUGAUAUUGAAGUUAAAUAUGUAGACUGUGGUGCUGAUUAUACAUUAGUGAUAACAAAUGAGAAUGAAUUAAAGACAUUUGGAAAUAAUGGCAAUGGACAGUGUGGUGUGGAAAAUUUAGGAGAUAAACAGGGAGCUGGAAAAUUGAUAAGAUUUAAGUCAUCAAAAAGAGUAUUUCGUAUUCCUGAGAGUAGCAUGUAUUUGCAUAAUCCAGCAUCAGUCAAAAUACCUCUAAAUGCGCCAUCAACAUUCGUAAAUUUCUCAUCAAAUCAACCAAUUUGUUACUUAAAGAAUUUACCAAAGUUUAAGAAACAUUGCAUCAUUGAGAGUGCUCUAAGUAAGUCAUUAAAGAAGCAGGCACAUCAUCAAUUAUAUGUUGAUGAAAAGAUCUUGGACAGUAAUCGUAAUCCAUCAUUUUCAUCGAUAUCGAGUGUUGCUUCAGAAACAUCAACAUUAUCAUCAAAAUCAUCUUAUAAUGGAACUGAAUGUGAUGAUCCAACAAAAUCAAAUGACUACAUUCAUUAUUGUCUGUUCCUAUUUCAAGGACUUUACGACUCAACACAUUUUUAUGAGAAAAGCUUAAAUCACAUAAUUAGUAGUGAAUACAAGAUUCGAACAUUAAUGCUUAAUUAUAAUUAUAUUGAGGCUUUUAAGCAAGCUUUAGAGAGUGAUGGACGAACGUCGGCAUUAUCGAUCAAGAUUUUUGAAUAUUUUACAACAGAUCAAAACAUAAUUCCAAUGCAUACAGAAGAUAUCAAAUAUUUCAUUUAUGACGUCUUUCUACACUUUAUUAAGAAUCAAAUGGAUGUAUCGGAACUUGAGAAAUAUUUCCUCUGUAAUCUUGACUACUAUUUCCUUCAAUUAGCAUUCAUUCUAUACUUUUGUGGCAACAAUAAUAAUAAUAAUAAUCAUAACAAUAAUAAUGUUCAACCGAAUGGAUUGGAGAAGCAAUUGUAUGAAAAAUUCAAACAUUUAUACAGCAAUUAUGAGAACUUUGCAUAUUUCGAUACAAAUGAGAUUGAAAUGAUUUUUAAAUCAAUAACGACAAACUUUCAUUGUGCUUUAUGCCAGAACAUAUUAAAAUAUUCAGAAAACUUCAAUUGA